AUGCCUCAGACAACUUCCAAAUCCUUCCACAGCCUGAGCGCUGAGCAUGCUGGCUUCGUUAAACACCCCAGGUUCUGGACUGCGCACCAUCUGGCCGUCGUGAACUGCAGCUUCCAGCAGGUCGAAAGCGACGAUAAACAGGAAUACGUGAUUCCUGAUACUGAGCAAGCCCAACGUAUGACCAAGUUGGCUUCGAUGCUCGCUAGUGGAGUACGUCGCGAGGCAAAGUCGUCCGGGUGGGUCGCGAAGCUUCUCCUUCACAACAAGCCAACCCCCAUCACUUUGAUCUACGCGCCUUUCUUUUUCGACUAUGGCGGGCAUCGAGUUCGCCUGGGAAGUUCUAAGGUCAUCAUCUACGGGAUCAAGCACGACAUUUCUAUCCCGCAUGCUGAUCCCAUCAUCGGUUACUACGGGUAUAGCACCGACAAGGAGCGCAAGAAUAUGCUUUACGUACCACCUGGUCCCGACGGCCUCGACAAUGAACCUAUCCAGGGCAUUUGCGACAUUAGAUAUCGCCAAGUGACCCCCACAGAUUGGCGACACGACCCGUACUUUGUUUGCCUCCUCAUCGGCUUGGCUCAACUCCAGGUUCGCGAGGGCCUGGCGCCGCAAGAGGGAAUGUUCUUGGCACGCCUCCUCGUUACCAAUGUGACCGAUCUGACCAAUGCGUACGUCUACAAGGCGGAUAUUCCGCACCAGCUCCUUGAUAGUCUGGAUCAUCCUACCCGCACCAUCGAUGACUUUGUCUUUCCAAAGAUCAAUUACGUAGUCGUUCCUUUCGAACCGUACUCGACCUUUGCGGAUCGCGUCCGGUUCCAGCUGGCCGGCGCAGAGUACUCGUCCUCGCCUGGUCCAGUUCGCUCUGAUCAGGUCGUGGCUUCGGAGCCGCAUGGGGAGAAGCGAAAGCGCGAUGAAGAGUAA